GGGCGCACCCUCGCCAUUGUCUGUGCGGCGGUCCUUGCCUGCUGCGGGCACCGGCGGGCGGCGCGGCGCUUGUGGCCGCGAUGCUGAAGGGCUGCGCGCCCCCUCAGACGCGGCAGCGGGCUCCAGCCCCGGGGAGCAGCCACCCCGCCUGCUGAAGACUGAAACUUUGCGUCCCCGCCGCUCCCUCUCCUCCCUCUUCCUCUCGCCCUUCUCCAUGCGCUGAGCGGCCGCGGGGCGCCCGCUCGGCCCCAUGGACGCCUUCAGCGCUGCCAAGGCCAAGAUGGGAGCGAAGAGCGGCGGCGAGGCGGCGGCGGCGGGAGUGGCCGCGCCUCAGCCCGCCGUGCCGGCCCCCAGCCCCGCCGGUCCCGGCUCGCCUGCCGCGCUCGAGCCCGCUGCCUACAAGCUGGAGGACCUGGAGACCCUGGCCACCGUGGGCACAGGUACCUUUGGACGUGUUCAUCUGGUGAAGGAAAAAAUGGCCAAACGUUACUUUGCACUGAAAGUAAUGAGCAUUCCUGAUGUCAUUCGACUGAAGCAAGAGCAACAUGUGCACAAUGAAAAGUCUGUCUUGAAAGAAGUCAACCACCCUUUUUUGAUCAGAUUAUUUUGGACAAACCAUGAUGAACGUUUUUUAUAUAUGUUAAUGGAGUAUGUGCCAGGAGGAGAACUUUUUAGUUACCUGCGCAACAUGGGGCGUUUCAACAACAGCACAGGACUGUUUUACUCAACGGAAAUCAUUUGUGCAAUAGAGUACCUGCACUCCAAAGAAAUAGUUUACAGAGACUUAAAACCUGAAAAUAUAUUACUAGACAAAGAAGGACAUAUCAAGCUUACUGAUUUUGGAUUUGCAAAAAAACUUGUGGACAGAACGUGGACUCUCUGUGGCACUCCUGAGUACCUUGCACCAGAAGUUAUACAAAGUAAAGGCCAUGGAAGAGCUGUGGAUUGGUGGGCCCUAGGAAUUCUUAUAUUUGAGAUGUUGUCAGGGUUUCCUCCAUUUUUUGAUGACAAUCCAUUUGGUAUAUAUCAGAAGAUUCUUGCUGGCAAAAUAGAUUUCCCGAGGCAUUUGGAUUUAUAUGUAAAAGACCUUAUUAAGAAGCUACUUGUGGUUGACAGAACAAGACGACUAGGAAAUAUGAAGAAUGGAGCAGAUGAUGUGAAGAGACAUCGAUGGUUCAGGUCUAUAGACUGGGAUGCUGUACCUCAAAGGAGACUAAAGCCUCCCAUAGUGCCCAAAGUAUCCAAUGAUGGGGAUACUUCCAAUUUUGAAGCUUAUCCUGAAGAUGACUGGAACAAGACACCUCCAGUACCUCCUAAAGAUCUAGAAAUUUUCAAGAACUUCUGAGUGUGACAUCUGCACUGGACAAGAAACUGGAAGGAAGUUGAAGUACUAAGAGCAAGUCUGAAGAAUGAUGGAGUUCAGAUGUAAAGGAAGAUUUUCUUUGUGGCUAAGAGUGAUACUGCAUUCAGAUAUGUGUAUUAGUAUAUAAGAAAUAUCAAAAAAGAUGGAGGCAGGCAGGAAUAAUUUUUUGCUGUAAACAUUUGACUUUAGUUUAGUAAAUUGUAAUAAUGGUAGUCUGCUCUGAAGUAGACUAACUAAAAUGAUAUUUUUAGGAUUAUUUUUUUUAACUUAUGGUUGAAUUAAGUUUCCUGCUAUUCCCAGAUCCUUUUUGCAUAGUUAGCUCAUAGACUUAAUUUUAUAAGUUUAUACUAAACUUGUGUAAUUAAAAGCACAAAUUAGUAUAUAUGUAUAUAAUGAAUACAGUACAACUAAAGCACAGGAAUUGUGCAAAGAUGUAAAUUUUUGUACUUUGCAGAGUCUAUGACUUUUAUUUUUCAAAUAAUGUUUUUUCAAGAAGUUCUUUAGGAAUAAAAGUCUUAAAAAAGGAUAAGUGAGUUUUUCAUCAUCUUAUAUACAUUUUAUAAUUCUUUGUAAAAAACAAAAAUAAUUACGUUUUAGAGAAGAUUUGUACCUAAAGUUUCCAAUGCCUCACACUUACAACCAUAGUACUUGAAAGCAGAAUGACAAGGGCAUGUUUUAUUGUCAUUUAAGAUGCAUCUUAAUGGCUAAUUUAUGAAGUUCUGUUACAAUUUUGUCUCUUUAGAAACCAGAAUUUUGAGUGAUUAUACACUGUCUGAAAGGAGAUUCCUCACAUGAAAACUCACUGUAAACUUGCAAGUCAGUCCCUCCUGAUAAAAGAGCUUUAACUGGCUCUGACAGGAGUUGUUCCCUUGCAAGCUUGUUGUCUUCUCCAAGCAUGAGCCAUAACAGACCUUUUUCAUUACUGAAAUAAUUGUUGUUGAAUGCUGAACACUUCAGAAUAUCAGAGGAAAAACUGAAUAUAUAGUACAGCCUUCUUUUUCUGCUUCUCCUCUUUUGAAAAUGUCCUAGUCCCUGCUGCCAGCAAUUUCAUAUGUGUAGAGUUCAAACCUUAGAUGCACAGAGUCUCUUUUUUAAUCCUGUGCUAACAAAGUCUUUCUAGCAGCUUGAGCACACUGUGUUUUGGAAGUAUUUGCAAUAUUGCUUAAUUUUCAGUAGCUCUAAAUUAUCAGUAUGUGCACAUGUAUGUAUCUAUAUCUAUGAAUUCACAGAAACAUGAGGAUAGAUUGACUAUGAGUCAGAAUCUGUUUUUUUAGGGUGUUUUUUUUCAUAUUACAUACUGUGAUACUUGUGUUAAUAUAAGGGAGUUGAUUUUGAAGUGCUUCAAUUACAAAAAGCAAUUACAUUCUUUAGGACGUUGUGGGUUUAGAUAACUUCUAAUGAAAUUAUGGUAUUUAGACCAAUUUUUUUUUUUUUUUUUUUUUUUUUUUUUUUUUUUUUUUUUUUUUUUUUUUUUUUUUUUUUUUUUUUUUUUUCUCAGAGGACAUCAGCUCUCUGGAGUUCUACUACUAUGACUCCUGGCUCUACAUAAUACUGUUUAAUUAGAUCAUGCUGACAGUUUUUCCCAAAAACUACUUACCAUGUUUUUGGUCUGAAAGCGAUAAGAAAUGUAGGCUGAAGUUUUUCUGAACUAGAUCCUGAACGCCUACAAAGUAGAUAUUCUUGUAAUUGCUACUGAAACUCCAUAUUUACGAUUUUAUGGCAGAUCUGUUAAUGGACUCUCCUAGUGGAAAAAUGAUCUCAAUUUUUUUUGUUUAAAUGGUACAGAAGUGCUAUUGAGAACCUGUAACUUCCAGGGUAUUAGAUUAUUUCUUCAUAAAACAAGUCUUACUUAAAUAGAUUUUAUAACUCUUGGCAAAAGUGCAUAAUGUGUAACAAAAUCAGGAUAUUUUAAAAUUGUAAUGCUGGAAUAUCACAAAGCUGGUUUGAUGUUAUACAAUUUGAUGACCCCAGGUGCCACUCAGUAAAUAUCAUGUAGGAAUGUAUAAUGACAUACAGGACAAUCUGUAGGAAAUUACAGUUUUACCGUUGUGUAAGUACCUUAUUUUCUUGGAAAAAUGAAUCUGGACCACUGUGUUUUUAUCUGUGGAAUUAGUUAUUCUAAAUCAAUUGGAAAAAGUGAAGCACAUAAAAUACAGCUUACUUUGCAUAAGGGGGAGCAAAGAGUUUGUGAGUUUUUCUUAAUGUGCAAGCUUACGGUAUUCUAUGGACUCUGAGUACUACAACAUCAGUUUCUUAUUUGAAAAUUUACAUACCGCAACAGGAAAGUGUGCUAAAUAGAGGAUUUUUCUUCAGAUUUCAAAGGUGCUCUCCGUUUAAGUUCUUUACAUCUAAAGAAGUGAAGUUGAAUUUGAAUAAUUUGCCACAAGUGGCAAUUAGAAGUUUUGAAUGCUUGAAUAGCAGGAGAUAGUGGAUUUUCUUUUUUAUGAAUCUUACCCAUUGCUGGCAGUGGAUGCACUGACACUCAUUAUGAUGGAGACUAAGGAAGUGAAUACAAUGUUAUUAAUAAUGAUAAUCCAAACUUUACAUUGUUUCCGAGCCAUGUGUACAUACACCUUACUACUGACCUCGUCAGCAUGCUUUCUAGUACAAAACUGCUUUCAUUUUUUUUUUUUUAUUCAAAUACUGAACUAAAAAAUAAAACCAAAACAAUUUUGAAGCAUUAUUUUAAGUGAUCAGUUAUUUUCUCCACCAGUCCUGGACUUAAUGAGAUUACCUGGCUGUUUUAUUUAUUUGCACAAGCAAGUCUGCUUUAAGUCUUUACUGGGUUGGCCCACUAAUGUAGUUCUGUCUGAGUGCUCAUGCAGCUAAACACUGCACUAGGAAUUCUGGAUUUAUGGAUUUUUUAGGAAGACUGGAAGAGUUUUUUUGUUCCUAUUGAAGUAGGGUGUUCUCUGAAGUUCAUUUUAUUUUGAUUCUUUCUGUUAAUGUGUACUUUUGCAUAUAGACUGUUGCAUAAGGACUGUUGUCUUGCAAGAGAGCCCACAGGCCUUUGGUAUUCUACAUCAGUGAACAAGAAUGUUAAACAUUAAAAAAAACCCUUUAUUUUUGAGUUUUACAGAUAUAUAUAUUAAUUGCUCAAUCUGAGGUUUUAAGUGAUAGACAUGAAUUGUAAACUCAAUUGCCUUGUAACCAAAUGAUAUAAAUGCUUCAUAUUUCAAUGAAGAACAUGCUGUAGAUUUUCCUGUAAAUUAGCUUGAUCAAUGAACAUGUGUGCUACUGAGCUUUAACUAAUGUGAUCUUCCACUGUAGAAAGUCAUUGUUAUGGAUCAAAUAUAGGUACUAAACUAUGUUUAAAUGGAUAAACAGGGAUUUUACAGUUUUGAAAGCAAUGAAGAUAUGGCUGUUCCUCAGCCCAUCUGCUUGCCAUUCAGAAGAGUUGUGAUGCAGUGCUUCCUAUGCUAUAGAAUUAUUUUUCAGCUUUCAAUGACUGUAGCAUGAUUCCUUUUUGUACUGUACUAUGUACAGACUUCCCAUGUUUUGCACUUUUCUAUGGCAAACCUUGACUGCUUUAUAAAUACUCUGUUGUGUAGUAAGUAGUGAUAGUGGUAGCAGGCGUUUGUGUGCUACAUGAUCAGUUUGGACUGCUCGACUUGCGAGGUUCACUUGGGCUAAUGUUGUGUGUUGCUGGUUGCUUGUUGUAGCUCAUGUGUAAGUACUGUUCAAAGUUACAAAAUCAGCCCUCAUUGCACAAUGAAAAAUCACUGUGAUCUGUACAUAAACCCUAGUAAAACUUUAUUGCUGUUUAAUUUAAUGUAAUAGCUGUCAAAUCUGGAUUCAUUUAAUAAACCUUUAUAUCUUUUCAAAUGUUUAAA